CAAGCUAAAGUAAACAAGAAGUUAUUGUUGCGGUAGUUACUAUAUCUAGCAGAUAUGAUUAAUAGCUUUGUGCAAAACGAUAGACUUUCCUAGCCCAACAAUGUUUUGCGUAUGUAUGGUCAUAUGGUGUGUUUGCAUGUAUCGAUCGCGCAGCUUUUGUCUUGACUAUUGUUUCGAUAUAGUAAAAACUAUAUUUAAUUAUACCUCGUGUGUUUACAUGUUACAUUAAAUGAGAAAUCAAUUGAAAUUACUCCCGACGCAAGGGAAUCCAAUAACAGCAGCUAAACUGGAAACAAAUAAAGCAAUAAAUCUCAGUUGCAAUUGCGCUGACACACAUACACAUGUAAAUGAUACAAUGUAAACACAUUCCACUAAUUAACUAAUAGUGCAACUAAUUUAAAUAUGGAUUUAGGCCAAGCCUAACCUAUGAUGCGAUUGAUUGGAUCCGAUCCCAAACGAGUUCGCCAGAUCGGCUGCAACAGCGCCACAUUGCAUCGCUUCUCACAAUUUUAUUGUGAUAAAUGGGACGGAGGGGAGUUACGUUGAGUGCAUCAAAGUAAUUGGCGCGCGCCACUAUAAAUAGUAAACGAAAUGCCGGCAAAAAGUCAGUUUUUUGCAUUCUAAAGCCGUGUCAACAUGUCGCGUAUCGUUCUUCCCCUCGUCCUGUGCCUGGCAAUGGCCGUGCAGGCCUAUUUCCCCAAUGAUCCGAAGCCGUGCAAAUACGGAGACACAGAAUGUUUUGUGAAGUUUUGCAACAGGCUAAUAACGGAGAAGGCAACCGAAGGGGAUGACAGCCUGAACCUGGUCCAGUUGGAUCCUUUGGCGGUGGAUAGGAUGGUCCUCAAGCAGGGCGACGAUAGGAGCCCAGUGAGGAUAGAUCUUACGUUUACGAACAACAAACUGUUUGGCAAUAAGGAUCUGCGCUUCAAAAAGAUCAGAGGAUUCGGCAAGGAAAUCGCCACGAAACACGAAAUGAUAAUGACCUCUAAGGUGUACUCCCUGGUGGGUGAAUACUCCAUCAAGGGCCAGGUCCUGGUCCUGCCCAUAAGCGGCUCCGGCCACAGCAACAUGACGUUGAUUGGAACGGAUUUGAAAGUCAGUUUCAUCGGCAAGCCAGUGGAAAAGAAUGGAGAGAUUUACAUGGAAGCCACCGAUUUGCAGUAUUACUUGAAACCAAAGAGCCAACACUAUCACUUUAGCAACCUCUUUAACGGUGACAAGAUCCUGGGCGACACAAUGAACACAUUCCUCAACGAGAACGGGGCCGCCAUCUUUAGUGAGACGAAGGAGACAAUCGAGAAAGCUUUUGCCGCGUUAUACCAGCCCCUGAUCACGAGAGUUUUCUCCAAGUAUCCAUAUGCCAAGUAUUUUGCCGCGGAAGAGAGUAGCUAAUACUUUAAUAUCCAUAGAAAUAAACUUUGCCCUAGUUCGAUUUUAGUUGUCCGAAAUAACACGAAUACUUUGCAAUCAUCAUUAGAUUAAAUGAGUGCUAUAAAUCAGAGUCAUUAAGAUGUUAGAAUAAGUGGAGAACCUAUUCCCAAAGGUGGAUCAUGCAUAUAAUCCAAGCAUUCCGACUCCAGCCUGAAAGUAUGUGGUGCAAGGCAUCUGACAUAGACAUCUUGACCUACAAGGAAAUAUUGCAUGUAUUUUAUUUGCUAGUAUGAUGACCCUACGGUCAGAAAAUGUUGCCUGUUAACAAGUUGUCAGCCUCUCAAUUCAUUAAACGCAAUUAAAGUAUGUCAAA